AAACGUCAGAGUUCGUCAGAUGUUCGCAUCGUGCUGUGAAGAAAUGAAGUGUGCGUACGUCAUGUUAAUGUUAUUAAAUCUAUCGCGUGAUGGAAUUCAGCGCUAAUUCACUCGAAUUAUCACCUAAACGUGUAAAUACGUCAGAGGAUUGUGCCUCCUGACGUAUUAUAAUCAGUUUCUCAAACUUUGUAAAUGUAAAGAGGUUAUGUAAAUAGUUUAGUUUCAACGAGUUACGUCCACAAACGAUAAAACUAGUUCCGCUAGUGUAAUUAUCGCUUUAAAAUUACUAUAUAUCGUAGCUGUAAAUAAAACUACACAGCAUGAAUGGAAAAUUGAUCAAACCGUGUAAAUAUUCGUUAAAGACUAGAAUCUAUCGUCAGGCUUAUGGUUAUGCUACGUCAUGUUAGAUCGUACCAGGAACGAAAAUAUGACGUCGAAGCGAAAAAACAGGGAAGCCUGGGCUCCCACGGGCUUCGAGGAAUGGGGUGGAUACAUGGCGGCUAAAAAGGCGAAGCUAGAAGAACAGUUUCAGGAAAGAGCAGCGGUCGAGUUCAAAAAUAACUCAACGCUUUUCCAGGGAAUUUGCAUAUUCGUUAAUGGUUAUACAAAGCCGUCGGCUGAUGAACUGCGGCUUCUUAUGAUGGAGCACAACGGUGUCUAUCACCAUUACAUGCGUCCACGGAUGACAACGCAUAUAAUAGCAUCAAAUUUGCCAUAUUCAAAGAUCAUGAUGUAUAAAAAGAGCCAAAACCCAUUGCCGAUUUGCAAACCUGAAUGGAUUACAGACAGCAUUAAGACUGGCAAGCUUCUCAACUACCAGGAUUAUCUCCUGUACUCUAAUCACACUAAAACCCAGCCCAAGUUGGCCUUUGCAGCGACAACCGCCAAAUUGUCACCAGAAUUGGAAACCAGCAAAGAUCAAGUCAUUCUAGAUGAUAAUAGAAUGAAGAGUAAGGUGGUAGAUCCAGAGAGUUCUAAACCAAAUACGGUUUCUAAACAAGAUUCUCCUGCAAAGGAGGGUGGAAGUCGGUCAGUCAACUCCACUAAAAACCCAGAGUUCUUAUCAGAGUUUUACAAUAAUUCAAGGCUGCAUCAUAUUUCUACAAUGGGAGCAGUCUUUAAGGAUUAUAUUAACGAGCUCAGAGAUAAGAGUGACAAGUCAUUCCCAGGACUUGAGAGUCUCAAGAAAUUGAAGAGACCUAAACGGAUGCCAGAGACUUUGGAUCCAAUGAAUUCAGACUCCGAAGAAGAUUUGAUCGAUUCAUCCUUAGAUGAGAAAACUGCAAAACAGGAGCCAGUCAUAAUGCACAUCGAUAUGGACUGCUUCUUUGUUUCCGUCGGGCUGAGAAAUAGGCCUGAAUUGAAGGGUCUUCCCGUGGCUGUGACGCAUGCAAAGGGCAACAAAGCUCCUCAGAACGCAAGUGCGCGUGAGAUAGAAAUGAAAAUGUAUAAGGAGAGGUUUAAGGAGAAAUUGAACAAGGGACAGAAGGUAGAAGAGAAGGAUCAGCAGCCGAGCACUGUGACCGAUAAACACUAUGAAAAUGCUUCGCUAUCUGAAAUCGCGUCAUGUUCUUACGAAGCAAGGAAAGCUGGUCUCAAGAAUGGGAUGUUCUUAGGUCAAGCGUUGAAACUUUGUCCUGAUCUUAAAACUAUUCCCUAUGACUUCGAAGGCUACAAAGAAGUCUCUUACGCUUUGUACGACAUAGUGGCAACUUACACUUUGGACAUCGAGGCGGUGAGUUGUGAUGAAAUGUAUGCCGAUUGCACAAAAAUCAUAUCUGAGUCCGGCCUGCGACCAAUGGAGUUUGCUCAGAUUAUAAGAAAACAGAUUACCGAAAAAACUGGAUGCCCUGUUUCUACUGGAUUUGGUGGAAAUAAAUUACAGGCUAGACUAGCAACAAAGAAAGCUAAACCCGAUGGACAAUUUUACCUAGAGCAUAAAGAUGUUCGACGAUACAUGAGUACCAUUAAUAUCAGAGAUUUGCCAGGUGUUGGUGCCACAAUGACCCACAAAUUGAAUGGAAUGGGAGUUUUCACAUGUGCUGAGUUGCAGAGCGUAGCCAUACGGGAGUUACAGAAAGAGCUGGGUAAAAAAACUGGAGAAAUGGUUUACAAUAUGAGCCGCGGUAUAGAUAAUACAAAAUUGAAUUUGGAGCAUGUCAGAAAGUCAGUUUCCGCUGAAGUCAAUUACGGAAUAAGAUUUGAAAGUGCGACCGAUGCUGAUAAAUUUUUGAAACAAUUAUCCGAAGAAGUUUGCAAUAGGCUUAUGAAAGCCAAUGUAAAAGGUAGAUGUGUCACUUUGAAGCUAAUGAUUAGAUCGAAGAAUGCGCCUAUUGAAACGGCAAAAUAUAUGGGCCAUGGAUUCUGUGACCAUAUAACCAGGUCCAAAAAUCUCAUUGCACCUGUCAACGACUUGUCCAUCAUUGCUAAAGAAGUUCUCAGCCUAUGGAAUCAACUUCAACAAAUACCAGAGGAUGUUCGGGGAGUGGGAAUACAAAUUUCUCGAUUAGAAUCCACCAAAAGUAGUGGAAAAUCUAAUUUAAUGGCAUUCAUUAAUAAAGCGCAACAACCUAGUUCCAAAAACAAACCAGAGAUUUUGAGUAUCCAAAAUGUACCAAAAGAAUCUAAAUUUGGGAGAUUGCACGGCUUUCUCCUUAAUUCUAAGCAAUGCCCUCCAGUUUCUGUAAGUACAGUGAAUUCAACAAGCUUAGUUGGUUCUAUACAGAGUACUCCAUCGAUUUCUAGUGAAAAAAAGGUAGUUCCAACUUCCGGCUCAGUUGAAAGUGGAGGAUCAGCGAUCAGUAAAGAAAAUAAUAGUCUGCGAUAUACAACUUCUGAAAAUGAUGAUCAGUUUACUGAUCAACAGUCAAGUUCUAGUAAACCUGAAAGUAAACCCAAUAAUAUUGAAAAUAAUCUGCUGAUGCAGGAGAUCGACGAGUCUGUGCUGGCAGAACUGCCUGAAGAAAUUAGAAAGGAGAUAAUGGAUGCUGCCAAGUCUCAAGUUGCGAGGGUAAAGAAUAAGCAGGAGAUUUUACCUUCCACCCAGAAAAAUCGAGAAAAUCCACCUCCGAUUCAAAAAAAUCGGGAAAACACUCCUCUAAUUCAGAAAAAGCAGGAUUCCUAUUUUAAGCAGUCGAAACCAAAUAUCGAGAAACCGAAAAAAUCUGAGAUGCCUCCAAUUCAAGAAGUUGAUCUUGCUGUCCUCCUUGAGCUUCCAGAUGACAUUAGAAAUGAAAUAUUGAACGAAUAUCGGGCCAAGGCAAACGAAUCUAAACAACUUACAAUUCCAGGAUCCAGUGCAAACGCAAUCAAUAACGAAGUUCGUGAUAAAUCACCAAUCGAUGAGGCCAAUUUAUCGAUUUCACAGGUUGAUCCAGAUGUUCUGGCAGAAUUGCCAAAAGAUAUACAGAAUGACGUUAAAGAUUACUGUGCUUCUAAGAAGCUGGAGAAAAAUUCGAUUUCUGCACAAAUGAAUAACAAGAAUGUUUUGAUUCCUAAACAGAAUGUAACGGCAACAAGCAAAUCAACAGUGAAUCAGAAAGCUACACGGUCAAUGAAAUCUAAAGUUAGUGACAAUGGAAAGAGCAGUAAGAUUAGUAAAAAUAAAAAAAACAUCUUAGUAAGUAAUACUAACAGUUUAAAAAAGUCUUCCGAGCCAAAACAACAAGUUUUAGAUAACAAUCACAGCCCUGCAGCAGAGCCGCUAAAACUUGAUACGUCAGACAAUGAGAGUAAGAUUAAGGAAAAUGCGACUCAUAAUAUUAUGUCAUUGAGCAUGGCAGCAAAAUCUGGAGAUCCUGAAGAUCAGAAAGCAUUACUGAAACUUCUAGUCAAGGAAUUAAUAGAUCUUUCAUUAAAAGAGGUCAAGAUCCAGAUUCAAAAUUGGAUAUCUAAAUCAGAUUCCGUAAACGAAGUGGAUUUUUUAGCGUUUACCACGUUUCUCAGCAGUUUACCGAAGGAAAAACGUAUUGAAGAUUUGCAUGUUUUAUUGAAGACCAUGCACAGAUUCAUCAGCAAAAGCAAACUUUGUGUUUGGCACCGAGCGUACAGAAAAACUGUCGAACAUGUCCAGCAUCACAUGUUGGCUACGUAUGACAGCAGUUUAAUGGUACCAUCAAUCGAUUGUGAACAUGUUACUUGCAGUAAUAGUGAAGACACAUAACAUGAUAUCAAACAUAGGUGAAUUAUCAUUAGAUCAAUCAAAGUAGCUUAUAUAUCUUAAUAAAGAAAGUCAGAUUUGAUAUAUACAUGUACAUAAGAAACACUUACCUGGCAUACUUUUGAAGAAUAGUGUACGAAUUUGAAGGUAACGCGAUAAUGUUAUUCUAUCAGCCAUGAGUUAUUGUAAUGAAUGGUAGAUUUUUUUAUACAUGUAUAUCAAUUUAGAAGAC